AGCAGCACCCAGAGCUGGACGGCGCCCCGCUCAGCGAGCUCUCCUGGUCGUCCUCCCUGUCCGUGGUGGCGGGCUCUUCACGGUCAUCGCCUUCAUGCUGGCCUGCCUGUGCUGUAAGAAGGGCGGCAUCGGGUUCAAGGAGUUUGAGAAUGCCGAGGGGGAAGGGUACCCGGCCGGCUUCUCGGCACAGGGCUCCCCGGCGGCGGCUCCGAGCGGACCCGACGUGUAUGUCCUGCCCCUCACCGAGGUCUCCCUGCCCAUGGCCAAGCAGCCAGGGCGGUCAGUGCAGCUGCUCAAGUCCGCAGACCUGGGCCGGCACAGCCUCCUGUACCUGGAGGAGAUUGGCCACGGCUGGUUCGGGAAGGUGUUCCUGGGGGAGGUGAACUCGGGCAUCAGCAGCACGCAGGUGGUAGUGAAGGAGCUGAAGGCCAGCGCCAGCGUGCAGGAGCAGGUGCAGUUCCUGGAGGAGGCGCAGCCCUACAGGGCCCUGCAGCACAGCAACCUGCUCCAGUGCCUGGCCCAGUGCGCCGAGGUGACGCCCUACCUGCUGGUGCUGGAGUUCUGCCCCAUGGGCGACCUCAAGGGCUACCUGCGGAGCUGCCGGGUGGCAGAGUCCAUGGCGCCCGACCCUCUGACCCUGCAGCGCAUGGCCUGCGAGGUGGCCUGCGGCGUCCUGCACCUGCAUCGCAACAACUACGUGCACAGGUGAGGGCACAGGCAGCCCCGGGCUCACUGCUCGGCCCCCGCCCCUGCUCUGGGGCCGCGGGAGGCGAAUCCUGUUACCUGGGUGAGUCCUUGUUCAGCCUCUGGGACCACCACGCAAGGGACCUUACUAAGAACACCAGGCGGAUGGACGGUUAAGCUUAGCGACCCACACUGUUGGUCUGAGGCCCAGCCAUCCUCUGUCCCCAAGGUGGUCAGUGCCACCUGGCGGCCCUACACCAGCCC